CGCUACAGAGACCCUGCCAAAACAUAUAAAGAUCUACACCAUAUCAAAAAUAGUCUUCAUCAAGUUAUUCCUCUAAGCAUCGGCGUCGCAUAAAUAUUAAGAGACCGUCGACUUCGUCUUCAGAGUUUGAUUCACAUCAGCUGUUCUGUGUUCAUUCGCUACCAUAAGUGUUAUUGCGAGCAGUGUCGCUUGAUAUAUUGUCGGCUGUUUGUGCUGUUUGUCUGACGGACUACUGUUUUUUGUUUCAUCAUGGUUAGCAACAAUAACGUAUCAUCUGGAACCGCCAACUCCAAACAAUUCGCGUGCGACUGUCGGAAAGAUCUUCAACCAAAUCUGUGCGUUUCGUAAGGACCAACCAAUCAUAGCAAAGUUGUGUAAGUGCCAGGUUACUUCCCAAAAUUAUCAACGGUGGUAUUGCUGGAAUAAUCGGCGUGUCUUGCGUAUUUCCAUUGGAUCUUGUUAAAACUCGUCUCCAAAAUCAGCAAAUAGGAAAAAAUGGAGAAAAAAUGUACAACUCAAUGCUUGAUUGUUUUAAGAAAACAUACCGUGCGGAAGGAUACUUUGGCAUGUAUCGAGGAUCAGCUGUAAAUAUAUUGCUUAUUACACCGGAGAAAGCUAUCAAGCUAGCAGCCAACGAUUUCUUCCGCCACCAUCUUUCAUCGUCAAAUGGAACGUUAUCCAUAUCCCGUCAAAUGGUUGCCGGUGGUUUGGCUGGUUUAUGCCAAAUUAUUAUAACAACGCCAAUGGAGCUUUUAAAAAUCCAGAUGCAAGAUGCCGGACGUGUUGCCGCACAGGCCAAGCAAGCUGGACAAGCUGUACAGAAAGUAUCUGCCACAUCAAUAGCAUUGGAACUUAUCCGUGCAAAGGGUAUUACUGGACUGUAUAAAGGAACUGGUGCUACAAUGUUGCGUGAUGUAUCAUUUUCAAUUGUAUAUUUUCCUUUGUUCGCAACUUUAAAUGCACUUGGCCCUCGUCGUGAAGAUGGCAGUAAUGAAGCAGUUUUCUGGUGUUCAUUUUUGAGUGGUUGCGCGGCUGGAUCAAUGGCAGCUCUUUCUGUUAAUCCUUUCGAUGUCGUCAAAACUCGACUACAAGCCCUAAAGAAAGUUGAAGGAGAAAUGCAGUUCAAUGGCGUCGCAGACUGUAUCGGAAAAACGCUCAAGUACGAAGGUGUAUCUGCUUUCUUUAAAGGAGGAUUAUGUCGUAUGAUUGUCAUAGCGCCGCUGUUCGGUAUCGCACAGAUGGUUUACUUUCUCGGGGUCGCCGAAGCAUUACUUGUACUUCAAAGAGUAACUAUCGUACUAUUUUUCUGUAUGGAACAAUGUUUGCUGUAAAACAUCCGCUUUCAUUUGCAAACCGAUGUGCGUACGUUUAACAAAUAUUUUUCGUUGGCUGUAGUCGUACAAAUGAAUAUGAGAAAUCAUGUAGGAAACACAAACAGCGUCAUUCAACACAAGAUGUGUCCUAAUCAUGAGAUAUGCAGAAAUAAUGACAGGCCAUGCCGGGAACAAAGAUCGCAAAUGUAAAACUAGGCUCAUGGAACAUAGGUACUUUGAGAAGAGCCGGGCUCCGAGGCAGCUCGAUGUAACUCUAGUCACGCUACAAAUGAACCUCAUAGCAAUACAAGCAAUACGCUGGCUAGGCUGUGUUGUGCUGAUUAGGCGUGGUAGCAACUACGACAUCCAAAACUGCUACAGUUCCCUUACACUCUGAAUAACGUAGCCAUAAAGAAAUCGGUUCCAAAUCCAUAACGAAACGUUGUGCGAAAAGAACCCUUGUUAGGAAAAUUCCACAAGAUAAGCCUAUUAACAUUCGCGCCCCUAUCUAAAACAACGAGAAGAUGAAAAGUGCUAUUUCUAUGGCAUUUUAUAAAAAGAGCUUGAUAAAUUAUCGAUUAUCGGUAUCAUCUAAUAAUCAUACCGACUUCAAUGUACGGGACUUCAACGUUAAAGUCGAAGUGUUGCGAUGUACCGUCAAUACAACGCCAAUAGUUGCAGAUUGAUUAAUUUGGCAUCCGUGAGGAACAUGGUUAUUAAAAGUAACAAAUUUACGCAGAUAGAAGUAGUAACAAAACGAUGUCAAGAUAGAGCAUGUUGUUUCCCGCAACUAUAUCCCGAAGCGUAUGGUUCCUGGAUCUAUUGGUUUUUUGCUGCUGUGAAACUUAUCGGUAUCGUUUCAUAAAAGAGCAAGAGCGCAACAUAGUAGCGCGGCAUUGGUCGAAACAUUAAAAUAAAGCAAUUUAUCCCCAGCAACCAAAGCUAGUGAUCUUCAAAU